GUUGUGGAUGACUCUCAGCUAAACCACAAAACAUUUAAAAAUAUCGACUGAAUUGCAGCCACUUCUGUCUUUGUUUCACUUUGCUUAGCUGUAGCAACCAUUUUGAAUUUGGUUGACUCUAAGAAGUGAUAGAUGUCCGUACAAUGACCAAUUUCUGCAUUAAAUUGCACGACACAUUUUGCUUACAGUGGGUGAAAACAGAAGCCAUGCUUUUAUUGUGGAGGGAAAGCCCGCAUAUUUCCGGUGCUGCCCCCCGUUAUUUCCCUCCGACUUGCCGCAGCUCCUCACAGACCCACCAGGCGCACCGGCAGCCCCCGUCUCUGCUGACUCAGUGCCUUAAGAGCAGUCCCUUCACCCGGUGAGACAGCAGCCCGCAGCACCGCUCCGCAGUCAUGGCUAAAACCGCAAUCGCUUACAAAGAGAAGAUGAAGGAGAUUUCUGUUCUCUCGCUCAUCUGCUCCUGUCUGUACCCCGAGAGCCGCAAAAACAUCCUGGGUGACUUUGAAGACAUGGACAUCAAGCCACUUAACAAGCGUGCCUCGGGCCAGGCCUUCGAGGUCAUUCUGAAGCCGCCCUCCCCCGUGUCUGAGGUGGCUCACUGCAUCACCGGCGCCCCCAAGAGGGACAUUUCUCUGGAGGACAUCCAGAAGAAGCUGGAGGCAGCUGAGGACAGAAGGAGAUCCCAGGAGGCUCAGAUUCUUCGGAUCCUGGCCGAGAAGCGGGAGCACGAGCGCGAGGUGCUGCUGAAGGCCAUGGAGGAGAACAGCAACUUCAGCCGCAUGGCCGAGGAGAAGCUGCAGCUGAAAAUGGAGCAGAUCGAGGAGAACCGGCAGGCCUACCUGGCCGCCAUGAUGGAACGCCUGCAGGAGAAGGAGAAGCAUGCUCAGGAGGUGCGCAGGAACAAGGAGCUGAGAGAAGAGCUGUUGCCGUGAGGAGCGCCACCCGUACCCCUCCCCUCCCUCCUCUCCACAGGCUCUACAUCCCUACCUCCCCACCUUCUGUCACCACCGCCAGCCCCAGAGGACCACUUCCUGCCCCACCUCGUCCCCUACUCGUCCACACCUCUCCACCCUAUUGCCUGCCAGAAUCACACCCCCUCCCUCCCCACAUCCCAACCUUCUGUAUUACUAUGAAACUACAAAAAGACACCACCCUGAGAUAGCAGAGGUUCAAACGGGGUUGGGGAGGUGGAAAGGAUUAAAAUAAAUUUUAAAAAAAUUAAAAAGAAAGAAAGAAGAAAAAAAUAUUGUCUCCUGCCAUUCCCUUCCAAAACGAAUGUUUUUGCUUGAAAUGAGAAGAAGGAAAAAAUUCAAAUUGACAAGCGACGGUGGUUUUUGUAAAUACUUUUUUUGUUUGUUAUAUACGGUGCGAUAAAGCAGCAAAAGUAUUGAUUGCAGUGUGCCAUUUUUACAUCUAAGUUUCUGCUCCCUGCUUAUAUGGAUGUGAUCUUCUGUUCUGUUUCAUUCAUUCAUUCAUUCAUUUCAUUCAUUCAUCUGGGGUUUGUUUCUCUUCAUUUCAGCCUGGGAAUGCUUGUUUUGUGUGGUAACAAAGCUUAGGUGUUUGUUGUGAGUUUGCCAAGCUAGCUGAUGUUGUGCUGCGACAGGUCGGGUCCUCACAGAGCCCACCUGCAUGGCUCCGCCCCCCUCGUUUGUUUCACCCGGCAGAUCUGCGUUUAAUCGGAGAGAUUUUCCGGUUCAGACUUUUGCCAAUGACCCACUUAGUGAGUGAAGGGAGAAGCCGUUGGAAUGAGGAAACGGGGGGCGGGGGGUCUGUGGGGGGCCGCAAGCUGUCGCUGCACCUCCACUCCUGUGAAAUAGGUAGUGACUGUCCUGCAGGAGAACACUAUAGCAUUUAAUGAGCCCAUCCUCAUCCUCUUUUCCUUCAUCUCCAUCUUUCCACUGUACAAGUUAAUAAAAAACACUACAUGCUCUCCGCACAGCCAACAACCACAGCACAGAGCUCAGGAGACCCUCGGAAAAAUCCCUCAAAACCAACCCUCCAGUUACACACCUGAGGUUUAAGGUGCAUCCUUAGAACACUGGAGUUCAAAACCCCACUCAGCUUACUGUGAAUCUACACUAAAAACAACAACAAAAAAAUAAGCAGCUUUCUCCAUGUCACAAGUUUUCCUCCAUCAUCUGCUGGAAUCAUUACAUUUUUCCACAAAGAAACAAGAUAAAAUCCACUUUAAUGUUGGCACAAAGAAGAUAUGUAAGCCAUACUGCAAACAUAAACAUCCAUGAAAACAGUAUUUCCAUUCAUGAAGGUGUUUCUGAGUGCUACAGGAUGCAGACGAUUGUAACGAGGGCUGCUGGUGCUUGAACAGUCGGCUCAUAGAUGUGUGUGAGUGACGUGUGUGAGCGUAUAUUUCAGAAAGGUCAGGUAGUUAAGUGUCAUGUGAUUUUGAUCUGAUUAGAUAUAAAGCGACGGCGAUGCGGCGUAUAACAGUUUUCAGGAGUUUAUUAUACCUGCUUCUCUUUCUCUCCUCCGUCCAUCUGUGUGUUUCCUCCUCUCCACGUAUAUCUUUGUGAGCAAGCAGUGGUUAAUAAAGAUUUGGGGUUCAGUCAAUAAA